AUGUGUACGCCAUCCUGUGUCCACACCUGCCUCGCACUCAUGCUACGCCUGGCCGCCCUCAACCAGCCGUACAACGGAGACAUGAGGGGCGUGACGGGCGUGGACUACACCUGCUAUCGUGAGGCGCGGCGGGCGGGGCUGAGCGGAACCUUCAGGUCUCUCCUCACCUCCAGGAUCCAGAACCUUGACUCUAUUGUUAGGAGAGACGACGCUAACUUACCUGUCGUCAAUAUUAAGGGGGAGGUUCUCUUCAACACCUGGCGCGGGAUAUUCUCAGGUGAUGGCGGUCGCUUCAUGCAGAAACCGAGAAUAUUCAGCUUCGAUGGCAAGGAAGUACUGACGAGCCCUGAGUGGUGAGUGCCUUCCUUCACCGCCCUGGCUUGAGUUGACUAGAGGUGUAGAAAUGAGGAGGUUGGGAAGGAGAGGAAGGUGCGAGAGGGUGAAUGUAGUUGUAGUAGGCAGGCGUUGUAGACAGUUUGACGUGUUUUGUGUUUUGUUAAUUUUUGUUUGUGUUUUGUU